AUGUGCCAUGUCCAACGCGUAACCAACAGCUGCGGCCACAUAAAUGACCACGUCCUCAUGGCCUGCUAUCUGGCAAAAGAUGUUACGCCGUCACCGUCGCCAUCACCGACCCCUUCCACCUUCACGAUAACCCAGGAGUCCUACACUUCGAUCUCGGCUCCUUCAGCUGACGCGAGUAAAAGAGAGCAGCAGAGUCAAAGCCAAACUCAACAUCAGGAUAAGGGAGGCCAUACUCAGAGUCGGGAAAAGGGAGAGAGCAGCUCGAUACGCUCAGAGAGAUCCGGAAAAUCAAAGAUCUCCAUGGCGCAGAUUCAAGGGCGAGGAGAAUGCUUGAGCAUAAGUGAAGAGGAAGAUAUGAUCCAGCGCUUGGGAUUCGACGCGAGAAAUCAGCCAUACUGCAAGCUUAAGUUCCCUAAGGCCUUGGAUUCGCCCAAGGGCUUCAAGUGUAUGGUUUUUACGUGCGGAAGGGUUGAUUGA